CGGUGCGUCACAGGAGCAGGGCGGUGCGGGAGGGUGGCGCUCGGCAAGGCAAGCUUGUGGGCGGGCGGCGCAUGCGCCCCCCGCCGGGUGAAGCCCCGGCCGCCGGGCAGCGGCGGGGAGAGACAAAGAUGGCGGCUCCUGCGGCAAGAGUUGUUGUUGCCAUGGCGUCCUGCCGGAGGGCCCCCGCCAGUGGGAAUCUCCAGCUGGGCAGCCGCCUCCACGGGGCAUGAGCCAGGUGCCGGCGGGGAAGAGACGCUCGCAGCUCAUGAGAGGGUUCUCCUCUCCGUGGUCUCCGCGAUGCCCCAAGCCUCCGAACACCGGAUCGGCCGCGGCAGGGAGCAACCCGUUGUUACAGCCCAGCCUAAGGCUACCACCAAGCUUCCCACUGGACACCGGGCCCUGAGCCAGGAGCGCCACAGUUCUGUCCUGGCAGCCCCGUCUGUCACCAAUGGGCUCUCUCCUGUUCCCAAACUUCGCCUCUUGCCUUCCCGGCCCAACCCACUAGAUGAUCGGGGAAAGAAGCUGGAGCUUGACAGGGGUCGGGCCUCAAAGCGUGGUGACGCUCUGCGUGGCUCAGCAUCUAGGCGAGGGCCACUGAAGGCAGAUCAUGGAGUCAAGGUGCCCAGCUCUCCACAGCCUGGCACCAUGUCGGGCAGUGCCUCUUUCUCCUUGCCAUCAGGGGCAUCACUGGCAGGGCGGGACUCUGAGCGCAGGAGAAGCAACCUCCUGCGCUCCAAAUCCAUUAGCAUUGGGGACCUGAGCCAGGCAGGGGGGCGUGGGGAGGAGGUGAGCACCAUGCUGAGCCGGCUGGAGCUGAGAGACCACAGCCCAUCCUGCAGCCACAAGCUGGGACUUGGGGUUGUGGCCCUGAAGAGGAGCUCCUCACUCAGGAGGGUCAACGUGUCCCCAGGACUGGAUGGGAGGCCCAUGGCCACGCUGCUCUCAGUCCGUCCAGAAGGCUGCCUGAGGACUCACACCACUGACCCCCAGACCUCGGAAUAUGCUCGUCCCCAGGACCACUCCAUGUCUGGGAGCCCGCUCCAGGGCAAAGCCCCAACUGCAGGCAGGCCUGAGGAAAAGGUGUUUGCUACUCAUCACACACUCCUCUUGGGCUCUGGGCACAUCGGACUCCGAAAUCUGGGCAACACAUGCUUCAUGAAUGCUGUGCUCCAGUGCCUGAGCAGCACCAAGCCCCUGCGUGACUACUGCCUGCGCAAGGAGUUCCACCAGGAACAGCCCAGUGCUUCGCGGGCCCAGCAGGAGCUCACCGAAGCAUUUGCAGAUGUCAUCACUGCCCUGUGGCAUCCUGACUCCACUGAGGCUGUGAACCCUGGGCGCUUCAAAGCCAUCUUCCAGAAAUACGUCCCAUCCUUCACAGGCUAUAGCCAGCAGGACGCUCAGGAGUUCCUGAAGUUUUUCAUGGACCGGCUGCAUGUGGAGAUCAAUAGGAAGGGGCGCAGGACCCCCAGCAUCCUCGCAGAUGCCAAACGGACCUCGGUGCUGGAGGACUUGGAUGCCCUGAGCGAUGACGAACGAGCCAACCAGAUGUGGAAGCGCUACCUGGAGAAAGAAGACAGUAAGAUUGUGGACCUCUUUGUUGGCCAGUUGAAAAGCUGCCUCAAGUGCCAGGCCUGUGGCUACCGCUCCACCACCUUUGAAGUCUUCUGUGACCUCUCCCUGCCCAUCCCAAAGAAAGGCUUUGCUGGUGGGAAGGUCUCUCUCCAUGACUGUUUCAGCCUCUUCACCAAGGAGGAGGAGCUGGAUUCAGAGAAUGCGCCGGUCUGCGACAAGUGCCGGCAGAGGACAAGAAGCACAAAGAAGCUCACCAUCCAGCGCUUUCCCCGCAUCCUGGUGUUGCACCUGAAUAGGUUCUCUACUACCCGCUAUUCCAUAAAGAAGUGCUCGGUCUUUGUGGAGUUCCCUCUCCAGCAGCUCAACCUGAAGGAGUUUGCUAGUGAGAAGGCAGGGAGCCCUGUAUACAGCCUGUAUGCGCUGUGCAAUCACUCGGGCAGCGUGCACUAUGGGCACUACACCGCCUUCUGCAGGGACCAGUCUGGCUGGCGGGUGUACAAUGAUUCCCGGGUGACCCCAAUCAGUGAGAACCAGGUACAGUCCAGCGAGGGCUACGUGCUCUUCUAUGAGCUGGACGACCCACACUGGAAGAAACAAUGAAGUGUUGGACCCAAAUCCUCUUACCUCAGAUCCUGGAGUGGGCUCAGCACAGGGUCCCCAUCCUUCCCCCUCCUCAGCUUCAUCCACCUCCACCUAGGGCCACCGUCCCAGAGGCUGUGCAGGAGGGGAGGGGGUCCUCAAGUGGCUGUGGAGGUGCCUACAUGCGCCCAGUGGGCCGUGGAGGUGGGGGCAUGCCCAUGUGCUGGACACGGGGAGAGGGCUCCGCACCCUGGCUGGAGGGGUGAGCUGGUGGUGCCCCCAGCAGAGUGGGACUGUGCUGCUGUUUUAAUGAGUGGCUUUGUACAUACGGUGCGUGUGUAAAUAGCCCCUGGGCCGCCAGGCUGCUGCCUUUUGUAAAUAAAUUUACUAAGAAAAUAA